UGACGGUACGGGAUGACAGCCCCGCUCUUAUUGAUCAGGAGAAGCAAUUAGCGGCGAAAGAAACCAAUCAAACUCCUCGACACAGACUUAGAGGCGGAGAUUCCUGCUGUCGCCCAUUCACGAGCACUGUUUUGGUCGCGGCGGGCGGGUCCGCCCUCAGCCAAUGGGAAAGAGCCGCGGCGGUACCGGAAGUGACGCCGGUGUACCGGGCUCGGUACCGGGCCCGCGCCAUGGAGGCCUGGGUGCGCUUCAGCGCCCAGAGCCAGGCCCGGGAGCGCCUCCUCAGGGCCGCUCAGUACGCCUGUGUGUUGGCCGGGGCCGCGCUGAGCCGCGCCGGGAACGGCUCCGGGGGCAGCUCCGGGACCCUGAGCCGCCUGCAGCAGCUGGAGGCUCACCUGAGCCUGGGCCGCAAGCUGCUGCGUUUGGGGGGCUCGGCCGAGGCCCUGGGGGGGGCCCAGCGCUCGCUGCACCUGCCCGACCCCGUGCUGCGUUUCUGCCUCACCCUGUCCCACCUGAACCGGGCUCUGUUCCUGGCCUGUGACAACGUCCUGUGGGCCGGGAAAACCGGGAUCCUGCCCGGCCUUGCCACGGAGAAAUGGAGCCAGAGGUCCUUCAGGUAUUUCCUCUUCGCCCUGCUGGUGAACCUCAGCCGGGACGCCUACGAGCUCCGCCUGCUGCUGGAGCGCGCCGCGGCCGCCAGGAAGCGCGGCAGGAGCCCGGAGCAGCAAGCCCGGCUGCAGGCUGAGGGCAGGACCCGGCGCCUCCGGCUGCAGCUGCAGCUCCAGCUGCAGCUCCUGCUACUGGGAAUGCGCGACAACCCCCCACUGCUGCUGGACCUGCUGCGCAACGCCUGCGACCUGGCGAUCCCUCUGGAGAAGCUGGGGCUGUGCCGGAGCAGCCCCGGCAUCCUGGGCUUCUGUGGGCUCACCUCCUCCGUGCUCUCCAUCAUCACCAUCCUCCACCCCUGGCUCAAGCUCAAGCCGUAGUUUUCUUGGGAUUUUGGGGAUUCUGGGGGGGUUUUGGCACCUCUGGAAGUGACUGGUUGGUGCCGUUCCCGUCGUUCCUGACUCUUUAGAGCCUCAAAGUUCCAGCGUUGGAUCCCACAGGGAUGUCAGCUCCCCAAAUGUGGUUUUUCCCAUUGACUUUUCCAGAAAUUUUAGGGAAAAAAUUGGGAUUGAACGUUCCCCCUCUUUGUCUGGGGAGAGCCUUUCACCUGGAGCCAGCUAACAGGGAAUAUUUGGGGCUGGAAAAUGUGGAUUUGGGCUGGAAAAUGUGGAUUGCUGGAGGCUUCUCAUGGUUUUUUUGGGGGGUAAAUUUGUGGACAAUUUUUUCCUGCCUUAUAAAAAAAAAUCUGAGUGCAGGGAGAAGGGAAUGGGAAAAAUAAGUGUCAGGAAUAAAUCCAUGGCUCUGGGGGGAAAUUCAGGCAGGGUCAGUCCCUGGGAGAGCAGGAAUAUCCUCUCAAAGGUUUUUUGGGAGCUCCAAAUUAUUAAAUUGCAGAGGCAGGUUGUCCUUGGGAGAGCAGGAAUAGGUUGGAAGGUUUUUUGGGAGCUCCAUCCUGAACUCCUGGGCCCAUCUGGGUUGUGCCAAAGGCUUUUUUAUUUUUUAUUUUGUUUUUUAUUUUAUUUUUUUUUCUGGGAAAAGCAGGAUUGAAGGCUUUGGAGCAGUGUGUGUGAUUUGGGUGGGAAGCACUCCAGGGGAUCCCACAGUGUCAGUGUAAUUAAUGACUAAUUUAAUGAUUAAAGUGCAGCAAACACUG